AACCCUAAUAAACUGUGCAGGAAACAAGAUCGAAUCGGGGAGGGAGAGAGAAUUGAGGUGAGAGUAUUUUGAUUCUUAAGAAAAUGGCAAGAUCAAUUCUUCUUCAACUGGUUCGAUCCCAAACACGUCACCAUCUGAGUUCCUCCAAAAUCCACACAGGUUUCCACCCUCACAGAUUAGCAACAUGGCAAAUUCAGAAAUCUCAAACCACAACACCACACUUCAACCCCAUGAAUCAUCUUCCAUUUACCCAAACAAGAUUCGCAUCUCAAUCAACCACAAUCGAAGACAACAACAAGAUCACAAUUGGACCUAAAAAAGGAAUCGAAUCAGAGAAACAAGAGAAAGAUUCAGGAGUAAUCUACUAUGGCCCAAUCUCAAGCACCAUAAAAAAAGUAAAACUUCUUUCUUUAUCCACCUGUUGUCUCUCUGUAUCAUUAGGACCUGUGAUCACCUUCAUGACAUCACCAGACAUGAAUGUCAUCAUAAAAGGUGCAGUUGCAUCCUCUGUUAUAUUCUUGAGUGCUUCCACUACUUUGGCUCUUCAUUGGUUUGUGAGUCCGUAUAUUCAUAAGCUGAGGUGGCAGCCGGGUUCUGACACGUUUGAGGUGGACAUGAUGACGUGGCUAGCGAGUUUUGUGACUAAAACUAUUAAGUUUUCAGAUAUUAGGAUAGCUGAAACUAAUAGACCUUAUGUCACGUUUAAGGCAAAUGGGGAGUUUUAUUUUGUUGAUGCUGAUCAUUGCCAUAACAAGGCACUUUUGGCUAGAUUGACACCUACUGCAAAACCAAUGCCAGAUUCGGCUCUUAAGAACUUGUGAUUUCUGGAAUCUUCUAGAAUCAGUUGGAUAUGUUUAUGAUGAAAUAAAUUUGGAUACAAAUGAUGGGAUAUUGUUGUUUAGAAAUGGGGUUUUGUUUAUUUUGUUGUUUUGAAAAGAGGCUUGGAUUUUGGUAUUUCUAGCAGUUAUAUUGAGAUGAAUUAUAACAGUUAAGAUGAACAAGUGGGUUAUUCUUUUGUGUUUU